UGCGGUCAGAGUUCAGUUCAGUGCAGAGUUGAGAUCACAACAGUGCGGUCGAGCAACAGAGAGCCAUGGACUACCUUCCUUUCUUCUCUUUAGAAACAUGGAUUCUGCUGAUCACAUGUAUCAGUGUAUUUGUAAUGUAAGAGUGUUACGUUCGAUUUAUUUUAGUGGUAUUUUCGAUUGACUUUCAGAAGAACUUGAGGUGAAAUCGGUCACUUAAAGUAACAAGUGAAUUGCCCGUAGGACGCAUCCUAUAGGUGGUUAAGUAGCUUUUUCAUGGAUGGCCAAAUGAGGUUGUGUUUCUAGGUAUGGCAAAUGGACUUACAAGACAUUUGAGGAGUUGGGGAUCCCGGGUCCCAAGCCGAUCAUGUACUGGGGAACAGUUGGCAGGCACAACGUUGUUUACUACUUAGAUGACAAGGAGUGUGCAAAAAAGUAUGGGAGAGUGUGGGGAGGAUAUGAGUUCAGGAAGCCUGUGCUAGCUGUGAUGGACCCUGACAUGCUGAAAACCAUCCUGGUGAAGGAGUGCUUCACCUACUUCACCAACCGGCGGAACUUGCGCCUGAAUGGGGAGCUCUUUGAUGCUGUGAACGCUGUUGAUGAUCACUGGAGAAAGCUUCGUAACAUCCUCUCUCCUAACUUUACCUCUGGCCGUAUAAAAGAGAUGUUUAGCAUCAUGAAACAUCAUUCCCACAAGCUGACAACCUGCCUGCAGUCCAAAGCGCGCAAUAAUGAAGUUAUAACUAUGAAAGACUUCUUUGGAGCCUAUACUGUUGACACGAUGGCAAGCUGUGUAUUCAGUGUGGAUAUGGAAACAACCAGCAACCCUUCAAGUCCAGGUCCCUUCAUCACCCAUCUCUCCAAGCUCUUCAGAAUUCCGCUAUUGCUUUUCAUAUUCCAAGCAUGUUUUCCCAUAUUUCUUCCUGUUUUGGAGCUGCUGGGAGUCUCCUUCUUCCCGAAGUCCACCACUACUUUCUUUAAAGGGUUUGUGGAGAAGGUCAGAGCAGAACGCAAUGGGAGUUUACAGCAGAACUCAGAAGAUAUUCUUCAAAACAUGAUCAACUCUCAGACUGCCAAUGGAUCCGAGAAUGAAAAGCAAAAUAAAGGCCUCACUGAUCAUGAGAUCAUCUCACAAGUAACAAUGCUUAUGUUCGCUGGUUAUGAGACGAGCAGCACCACCCUCACUUUACUGGCCUACAGUUUGGCACGAAACCCUGAAGUGAUGAAACACUUGCAAGUGGAGAUAGACUCCACUUUCCCUAAUAAGGGUCCGAUCCAAUAUGAAGCUCUGGUGCAGAUGGAGUACCUAGACAGUGUUGUCAGUGAGGGUCUGAGGCUCUACCCUCCAGUCGCCCGUCUGGAGCGAACAGCCAAAGGAACCGUCGAGGUCAGUGGAGUUACCAUCCCAAAAAACAUACUUGUUAUUAUUCCAGUCUACACUCUGCACCAUGACCCAGAGCUGUGGCCGGAGCCAGAGGAGUUCAAACCUGAGAGAUUUAGUAAGCAGAACAAGCAGAACAUCAACCAAUACACCUAUCUGCCAUUUGGGUUCGGGCCGAGGAACUGCAUCGGGAUGCGUUUUGGUCUGGUGAUGGUUAAACUGGCCUUGGUGGAAGUUUUACAGAGCUACAGCUUCUCAGUCUGUGAGGAGACGGAGAUUCCUUUGACAAUGGAUCCUGAAGGCAUGGUUGGACCCAAAAACCCAAUCAAACUAAAGCUGGUGACACGUUCGGUCGAGUGCAACUAGGGAGGACUUAGAGAUGCGUCACUAAAGGCUGAACUGUCCUGGAGAUUUGUAAUUUUAGAAACUGACAAUGCUGUCUCAAUUUUACUACAUUAAGUUUUUCAUCUGUAUCUUGUAUAUUUCACUAUGUCUGUUAUCAUCCACAUCAUAUUACAAUGAAUCAUGUUGAUUUCUGGAAAACUGAAGAACAUCAUUGGACACAUUACAGACAAAACCUUCAAAGAACCAAUCAAGUGAAUAUAACUGAUCCAUACUAUUGAUUGACUUCUUCAUUGAUUAUCUCUUUGCAAUGCAAUGUUCUACAAGGAAACCUUGGGUCCCAUCCCUGAAUUCGUGUGGAUGCUACACUAAUUCCAAUUCAUAUGCAGGACCCACUGGUCAUCCCACUUACCUGUGAACCGUCUUGGCAUGUAAACAGAACCUCCACGGCAUUCGCAGAGGUUCCUGUGAGUCUCGAGGGUUGUGAGGUGGGGCCUUCAUGGAUCUGACUUCUUCCAGCAUCAUCCAUGGAUGCUGGAUCAGAACAGCAUCUAUGGAAUUCAUUUUCAAUUAAAUAACAAUCAACAUUUAAUGGGUAAUGAUGUGAUGUGGGUGAUGGGUGAUGUGGUGAGGAAUAAUGAGUGGCUUACUAUAUGUUGUUAAAAGACAACUUGGGCAACUUGGGUAUUAUACAAAAAAACCUGUCCCACUACCUCAGAUAAUAUGCAUUUAUAACAUUCAUUCAAUUAAUUAUUCUGAUGAAUUAACAAACAAUCCCUUAAUUAAUACCCUGACAAUGGCGAGCAGCUGAACACUAGCUCCAGAAGACACAAAGACGCUGUUAACAUGAAUAAAUAUUUAAUCUGUUAAUUCAAAAUGAAAGAAUUGAAAUGAAUGUAUCAUCAAUAAACUGUGAUAAAACAAAUACUAUGAACUGGUGGUGUUACUUCUGUUCUAAGGCAGAUCUCUGGAGAGUUACGGUCCAUCACUGGGGUAAUUCUACAUUUUGUUUCAGUGUAAUCUCCAGUUCAACACAAACUCAAAUCCACAUUUACACAAUUUUACUGAUUUGCUUGAGUUUGAAAUUUCAGGACAGGCAUAUGGAAACAAAUAAAAGCAACACUGUUAAACUUCGAGGACCUGAGAGCUUGAACUGUGCUUAAAUACAAUCAUGACUGUCUGACACAUAACUGGGGGGAAAGAGCUACUUGUCUAAAUGUAAUAGCAUUAGUGAUAAGGCUGAUAUGCACAAACAAGUGACUUACCGGUCACGUGUCCAGGUGUGUUAGAGUAGGUGAGAAGGUACCUGGCGCCAUAACAAAGGGAGAGUUCACUGUUUGUGUGGUUGCAUAACGCGACAUUUAGUCUCCACUUGACUAAGGACAAACUUCAGCAGCAGUGUUGCAGUUGCUCAGCUGAAAUUACUGUUCACAAGAACGUUUGUUACAUUAGUAAUAUUGUUUUAUCAUGUUUAAAUCUAAUUUUAGAGAUUUUGUGCUUUCAUUUUGAAUAAACGGGACCCUGCUGCAUUUCUGCAUUUCCGCUGCACUCGUGUCCAGGCGUGUUACAGUGGGUUAGAAGGUUCCUGGUGCUGUAACAAAGUUCACUGUUUGUUUGUGUGGUUGCAUAUAAUGCGAGUCUACACAUUUAAUCUCAACUCGACAAACUUUAGCAGCAGCGUUGCAGUUACUCGGCUGAAAUCACUAGAUACAACUUAAAAUAUUUAUACUGUGUUUUAUACUUUAACAUAUAAAACACAUCAAUACACUUCUGAUAUUAAGAGCACUUCCUUUAGUGGAUCAUGAACAAUAUGACCCAAUGUGACCCUGCUGCAUAUCUGCAGCCUCGACUCCC